AUGCUAGCCCUAAGCUCCCGAGACUUUGAUCGUCUGGGGGGCCCACAGCAUGGAGAACACGAAGGCGGACAACAGCCCCCACCACAACUUACCGGUGGCAUUGGCGAUGGACAACCCGGCGAGGGACACGGUAUUCCACAGCAUGGGGCAGGGCACGGAGGUGGCAAACAAAUCGGUGGACAGGAAACUCCACAUCCACCGCAAGGUCCACACGGUCCAACGGCACAGGGUAAUGGCAACGGUCCGCAGGGUCCAAGUCCGCAAGGGCUGCAUGGAGGUCCGCAAGGUCCACAUGGACCGCAAGGCCCACAUGGUCCGCAAGACGGUCCACAUGGUCCACAAGGUCCACAUGGUCCACAAGGUCCACAAGGUCCACAGGGUCCGCAUGACGGUCCACAUGGUCCGCAAGGCCCACAAGGUCCACAAGGUCCGCAUGGACCACAGGGUCCACACGGUCCGCAAGGUCCACACCCAUCCAUUUGGUCAACCAAAUUCUUCAAUUUGUGUAAGAGGGACUUCCUCCGAUCGCUUGAGCUACACAUAGUUGCACUAUAA